UCUUUUCCUGUUUGGGUCGCGGCUCUGCAGCUCAAGCAGCUCUUUCCAGGUUUCCGUGCGGCUCUGCCUCCCGCCUCAAGGUGUCGGCUCAGAAACAGCUACGGCAAAGAGUUUCUGGAGGAGAGGCUGAGCAGACUGCAAGCUUUCCUGCAGGAAUUAACCUCUCACCAGGAUGUCAUCAGAAGUGAAGCGGUGAGGCGCUUUCUGUGUCUGGAUGAUCCUCCGAGUCCAUUUGACAGUUUGGAAGAAAGCAGGGCUUUCUGUGAGACUCUGGAGGAGAUGAACCACCAUCUCCAGAGGGAACUCCUGGAAAAGCAGAGCCAAACUGACAUGUUGAAAAAGACUCUGAAGGAGAGGGAGAAAACCAUCAAGCUGCUGCUGAAGAAAGCACAAUCUCAGCCGUUUUCUUCUGAGGGCUUUGAAGAUUUCCGCAAGAUCUCAGCAGGUAUCAACCAGGACAGAGACAUGACUGAACAUGAAGAAAAGCACAGACGGAAGUGAUGAUCUGACUGGAGAGGCUCAGUUCUCCUUCAGAACCAAUAGCUGUACAGUACCGAACCGGCGAGUUGUAGCGGGAGACCAACCGGGAAAGAAGAGGAAUAAUGACUGAAGCCAGUUAAAUAUAGCCUGCCUCAUAAAUUCACACUAGUGAACUUUUUGUGUAUUUCCCCUCACUUCAGGGCAAUAAUUUAAGUAAGACUGGAUCCCUGAAAUGUUGAGAAGUGGAACUGCAUCCAGAAAAUGUUGUCAUUUAUUACAGCCUCAAUUUAUUUACUUUAUUCUCACUUUUAUCCAUCAACAGCGUCUAACUCUACUUGUGUUUUAUGAUAAUUAUAUUUUUAUUUUAUGAAUUGUGUGAUUUGAUAAGAACUUUAGUGGUUGUUAGUCUCUUUGAAACUGUCUAAUCCGUCACUGAAAACUGAAGCAGAAGAAACGAAAUAUUGUAAUUUGGUGUUUAUCUCCAACCUUCCGGAGAAAAAGACCACUGGCUGUUUCUGUGAGUGCAUGGGAAAUUCUCUGGUGUGAAAUGACAAGUUAAAGCUAUGAGCUAACAGUUUUGGUAAUGCAAUCAGUUCCCCUUUUUUAAUACUUUCACAAUCUAUUUCACCAAGAAAGAUUCCUGGCUUUUGGAUAUUUGUUUGCUAUUUUUGUAUCAUGAACAUUAUUUAUGUCUGUAUUAUUUUUUUUUA